AUGAAGGGUAGCAUCAGUGAUCCUUCUCUGACCAUUGUUUCGGCGAUUCGCCAGACGGGACUGACCGUCGAAUUGCAAGACGCCGCUACUGAUCCCUUGAACACUGUAACUUUUGCAGCGAGCGAUUGUCGUGUACCCGCGCAUGGAAGGAGGGCAGCCUGCAAAAUUAGAGGAGCUCGCGUGUCGAUUAAGACAUCCAGACGCCCGAAGAUUAAAACGCCCAAGACUGUGCACGCGAAAAGCUACAACUCAACUGGUGGUUACUACAGUGUGACCGGAACUUUUCGAGGAUUGACGUUCCUCGAGAACCCAGUGGUGUCUCCUCUUGCAGCCGCGCUAAGAGUAAACGGAAGUGUGCUGUCAGACACUCUCACCUCAUGCUAUGAUCUUGCUCGAAAGAGUGGCAGGAACACGAUUACUCACUGUGAGCCUGGGCCUCUUGUUCCUACUCCGACCUGGACGGAGCAAACCGCCGCUGGUGUCCGUGACUGGAACUCGAUCGCGUCCUCGUCGGAUGGCACGAAGCUUGCCGCCGUAGUUUCCGUGGGUGAGGUUGCGGAGGGCUCUAUCUGGACGUCGAGCGACGCGGGCGUCACCUGGAUGGAGCAAACCGCCGCUGGUGAUGAUUUUCCUAACUGGGUAUCAAUCACGUCCUCGUCGGAUGGCACGAACCUUGCCGCUGUGGUUCGGUUUGGCUCCAUCUGGACGUCGACCGACGCGGGUGUCACCUGGACGGAGCAAUUAGACGAUGAACGACUUUUCUGGAAUUCGAUCGCGUCCUCGUCGGAUGGCACGAAGCUUGCCGCCGUGUGUGACGACUCAGGGGGAACUCAGGGCUCAAUCUGGACGUCGACCGACGCGGGCGCCAACUGGACGGAGCAAACCGCCGCUGGUGACCGUAAUUGGAUAUCAAUCGCGUCCUCGUCGGAUGGCACGAAACUUGCCGCCGUGGUGAAUGGAGGCUCCAUCUGGACGUCGACCGACACGGGUGUCACCUGGACGGAGCAACAGCAACCAGACGGUGAUUUCCGUCUGUGGUAUUCGAUCGCGUCCUCGUCGGAUGGCACGAAACUUGCCGCCGUGGUGAAUGGAGGCUCCAUCUGGACGUCGACCGACGCGGGCGCCACUUGGACAGAGCGAUUAGACGAUGAAGGACGAAGGUGGUAUUCGAUCGCGUCCUCCUUGGAUGGCACGAAACUUGCCGCCGUGGUGGAUGGCGGCUCUAUCUGGACGUCGAGCAACGCGGGCGUCACCUGGACAGAGCAAACCGCCGCUGGUUCACGUAACUGGUGGUCGAUCGCGUCCUCCUCGGAUGGCACGAAGCUUGCCGCCGUGGUGUUUGGAGGCUCCAUCUGGACCUUCGGCUAGGUGUGUACAUUGGGCUGGCGGAAAAUUUGGGAACCAAGUACUUUCUCAUCUUUAUAGAAAGAAUUCCAGAGUCCAAAAAGUACCGUCGGAUUACAACAGAAUUUUCAUGAAAUUACAAGGGCAAGGAGAAAGCCUUUAAAUCUUGCUACUUGAAAAAUAUCGGUAUCAUAGUGCCAACUCAAUUGUGAGUGUGCUCGAGUACAUAGGAAGAAAGAUACGCUCGUGCUAGUUACUGGGGCAGAAUUAUUAAAAAUCAACUUCAAUAUUUCUCCAAGCCAGAAGCGAUUGGAUCUUUUUUUCCUCCAGAAGGGUUACUGGAUUUUUUCUCCCUCUCUGCGAGAGAGAUUCAGAUUAGGGUUAGUGGGCAUCGUGUGAAGAGAAGGAUGCUAAAGUGUUCCUCAAUGGAUAAAGUGCCCUGAUCAAGCGGCGAG